AUGCCAUCGGACGCAGCUGCAGCCAUGUUUUUCGAUCCUAAUUUCGCUGCUGUUCAACAACAACACCAAACUAUGAUGAUGCAACAUGCUGCCCAACAAAAUCCCAUGUCGCCUUUUCGUCACAUGCAGCAACAUCAUCAAAUGAUUGUUGGAAACAAUAGUACUGAUUCAGCUAUGCCACAUCAUCCAUUUCAAACAGCACCAUCAGCGUUUUUCAUGGCUACUGCAGCAGCAGCAGCAGCACCGGCGUCACCCGGCGGAGCAUUUUUUCAGCAACAACUUGCUUCACCUUUGCCAUUCUACAUGCGCCCAAAUGGUCAGAACAUCAACCAUGCUCAGAUGAUGUCUGGAAAGAUGGCUCCAUCAUCAUCGUCAACAUCAACAACAACAACAGUGCCUGUUUCUGCUCCGUCGCCUUUAACUGUUAUCACAACAAGUACUACAACAGCGUCAAACGCAAGCUCAUCUCCGCACUCAUCAGCAACCAAUGCCAUGACAGCAACCAGUUCAUGCAGUAAUGAACCAGUGAACAGUUCAGAUAAUUCGAACACAAAACGACUUUCGCCUAUUCCAUGCACUUUACUAGAAGACGAAUCACUGAUGAAACCACCAAGAUCAGUGACUAGUAAAGCUAUUGCUACAUUAACUGGUAAACUUUCUGAUCUUCUUCGUGCGUGCACAUGGUCAUUACCAAUCCAAGAAGAAUUAAUGGAGUUAGUUUCAUUCGAUGAUGUUAGCCAUGAUAUUCUUGUUAAUUCAACAAACUAUCUAACUGAUAUCGCCAUCUUUCUUGGUUUACGCUUAAUUAAAUUAAUGUUACCAGUUGAAUCUGUUGCUGAUGAAUUAUGGAAUGUUUUAUGGAAAAAUCGCGUUUGCUAUCUGGGAGCAGAAAUCCAUCAAACAUUAAUUGCACAUACGUUUGAAUGUUUCUCAAUCAAGCCAGCUUAUGGCUAUGGCGAAUUGCUCGAUGUACUGAUUGAUCGUUUGGGCGAUCCAUCAUUCGAUCGUAAAUUAAUGAACCGAAUUGUUCGAUUAUUUCUGAAAGCGUCGUGUUUGAAAAAGUUUCGUGAAACAUCUGAUGAUGUUCUCGUAUCUUUGAGUGAAAACAUCACCAAUAUUCACGAAUUCGAAAUGCGACAUAACACAACAAUCGUUCGAUUGCUAUUAAUCGAAGGAUUUCAUUUCGAAGCUGAAGAAUAUUCAGAAUUAAUUGUCGGCAAUGAUUCACUUGUCGAUUAUGUGCGUAGUUUUACAGAAGUUUGGUAUUCAAAUUACAGUCUAACAAUGUGUAUGGACGAUUUAAUGGCAGCUCGCGAACGUGCACAUGAUCCCUUCAAACUCGGACGAUUCUGCGAUGAAAUGGAUGCGUUUCGAUUAUAUACAGAAGUCGAAUCUAUGACAUCAAUUUCAAUUCUCAAUGCGCUUCAAUCAAUUGUUAAUAUGUUAAGUAUUGUUCAUAAUGAGCAUGAAUGGCAUAAUCGACCUUCGCCAUAUAAUCUACGUUUAACUGUUCGUGCUAAACGCACGAUUAAGAAACCGUAUGGACAUGGAAAUUUAUUAUUACCCCAAUAUCAUCAUCGGCAACAAAAUGAUCUCGAUGGUGAUUUCUACGGCGAGUAUUAG